AAUGUGGACUCGUUUUUGUUUUGUUUAGUUUGUUAAUCCAAGUGAUUGUAAAAAUUAUACGAUAAUUUAAAUUCAAUUGAUUUUCAAUUUAAUCCAUUUUGUUUAGUGUCUUGAUUUAACAUCUAGAGGAUUCGUAACAAAAGAUGAGAGAGAGAGAGAGGGAGAGAGAGAAAGUAGAUUGUAUGAAAGAUGAAAAAGUGAUGAAGAUGAUAAAUAAGAUGAUGAGAAAGAAAGAAGAAUAGAAAGAGCAAGAUGAUGACCAGAAGAAGGCGGUGAGUUGGUGAUGAUGAUGAGAGGGAAAAGGAUGAGCUAGAAAGUGCGAAGAUGAAGAUGAUCAAGUUUAGUGUUGGGGGUGGAUUAGUUUAUCAUCUUUUCUCUUACUUUUACCCUUUCUUAUCAUCUUCAUCCUUCCCCUUUACUGACCCACUAAGACUACGAAUGGUCUCUAUAUAUCGAAGCGAAUUUUUUUUCCUACAACCACGAGAGAGUUUAGUUCGUCUCUCUCUUUAGCAUCCUCAUCAUCGUUUUCGUCUUCAUCAGAAUCAGAAUCAUCACAAUCGUCAUUUCAAUCACAGAGUCGAUCGAGUUAACAACUUUUUUUUUCUUCGAACAAAGUUUUCUUCAUUUGGAAUCAAUUAACAAUCAUCUUAAUCAUUUUCAUCAUUUGUGUGAAGGAUCAUCCAACUUUAAUUUGAUUGUGUCCCUUCAUGUAAUUAACAACAAUUAAUCUAAUUGUCUGUGAAUACAAAUUUUCAAAUUGGAUAAACAAAAAUGUUACAAAUAUCUCAAAUAACGUUAUUAGUUUUGUGUUUACCAUUGAUAAGUUAUGGGUCGAUCGAGGAUUCAACUGAUAUUAAUAAAAGUAAAAAGAUUCAAAUUGUUUACAUCAAAGUCCCAUUGGUGACAAAUAAAUUACGUAAUCAAAAUAAUCCAAGUGAUUUACCUGGAGGUGGUGAUGGUGGAGACAAAUCAUCAUCUUAUUCAUCACCAAGCUCAUCAUCUGGUCCUUCAGGUAAACCCUCUUACAUGGGUAAUGGAGGUGGAGGUUAUCAUGGUGGUAACAGUAAUUAUAUGUCUAAUUAUGAUUAUCCUUCAAGUGGAUUAAACACUGGAGUGGGUGGAAGUGGUGGUGGAGGUGGUGGAUCAUCUUAUGGAGAUCAUCCAUUCAAUACCUUUAGUUUGACAAGUUCUGUGGGCUCUGGAGGAUCAAACAGCGGAGGCUAUGGUAACAUGGGUUAUAACAGCGGGUCAGAAUCUUCGGGAACCGCUAAGAAACCAUUGUUUUCAUCUUCAUCUUCAUCACCUUCCUUUGACCACUCGCCACUUAAUCAUCAUCAUCAUCAUCACACUCAUCCCAAUUCCAUCAUUUCAUCAAACUCAGAUUCAUCGGGUAAACAUAAAUCAACUUUUCCCUUUCCAAUUAACGUUAACAAUCAAGCAAAUGGUCCAAGUGGAGUGGGUUCUGUGGGUGGUAAUGGCUACUCUCAACCAAUUAGAUCGGAAAGAGGAAACAGUUACAAUGGUGCAAUUAGGCCCACCGGUUUCCAGGGAUUCGAUAAAAACUACAAUCAGGAUCAACGAUUUAAUCAAGGACCAAUUAACUCAAUUAAUAGUAAUCCAAUUAACAAUAAUCAUCACAUGAAUACCAACAAUAAUAACAAUGUCAACACCGUGAAUAAAAACAACAAUCAACUUAAUGGUAACAGUAAUCAAGGUAAUCCUAAUUAUGCUUUUAAUUAUGAUAAAAUCCAAGGAGGAUUUAAUAGUGGAUCAAGUGGAUUACCAGGAUUAGGAUUAAUGGGAUCAUCUAAUGGUUUCCUAUCAAAUCUCAAGCCAUCUGAUGGAAUUGGAAAUGGUCUGAUUAAACCGAUGGGAUCAACGGGAAAAUUGAUUAAACCAACAGUUAAUGAUGAUGGAUUAGGAUCAGCUUAUGGAGCUGCUUCAUCUGAUUCAUUACCUUACGGUACAAAUGAAGCUGAUCCAAUUGGUCCAAGCUACAAUCCAAGUGACUUUUUUGGUCCAUCAGCGACAAGUGGACUUGACACUGGACUUGAUGAUUUCACGGGCUUCGGUGAUAUGACUUUUGACUCCGAUGCGCUUUUAAAUUUUGGUGGAAUGCAACCUUAUUCAGGAGAUUUAGGGAUGGAAAAAAAUAAUUACAAGAAAAACAAAGGUUAUGGUUCACUUAUGUCAAGUGCACUUUCGGGUUUGGGCUCAUUUGGGUUCUUAUCUGGUUCUGGUUCUGGUUCGUCGAGUUAUAAUCCAAUGAAAGGAAUGGCCAUGGCCAUGAGUAACACUUUUCCCUCCUUUGCUGGUCCAAAGCUCCAGGGAAAUCAUCUUCAUCAUAAUCCUUCAUCUUCUGGAUCGAUGGUGGGAAUUGGUGGUGGUCCUUCAAAUCCUUCGACAUCUUCAUCCUCAUCUUCUGGAAGUUUCGGUGGAAUUCGUACUAGAUUAACUAAUCUUCUUUCAGGAAGAUUACCAAGUUUAAAUUUCGCCUCAUUAACAGGCUUAGGAAGCCCUGGGGGUAUGUCGGGAUUAGGAGGGAUCAACAGUGGAUUAUUGGGCUUAUUUGGUCUCUAGAAAAUGUUGGGGAAAAGUUUGUUAAGUUUUAAAGAUUAAUUAAUGCACAACAACAACAAUUGAUUAGUUUCUUUGCUUUUCUAUCUUAAUCAUCUCCUUGCAAUUGGUUAAUUGUUACUCUAAAAUCAAUGAUUUCCAUCUAAUUGUUGUGUAAUUAUAUUUUUUGUUUGCCCACAUUUCUAAUACCAAUUAUCACCUCAUUAUCAUCUCAAUGUUUUGAUUAGACUUGAAAUAAUCAAGUUAAUUGUUGCUGAUACCAAAUCAACAGCCAAUCUGAAUUUUUCUUCAUAAAUCAUCUUCAUCAUCUUCUCAUUCAUCACCAGUGAUUUUGACUCUUUUUUACUCUCUCUCUCUCUCUCUCUCUCUCUCUCUCUCUCUCUCUCUUCCUUUCUUUCUUAUUUUUCUCAUUGUAAAUAAUUAUAAAUUCAAUUCUACAUUUUAAUUUGUGCUUUUUUAUAUUGUCAAUAAAAACAAUUAAAACAAUUAAAUGAGCUUUGGAUCAAAAUCUUAAGAAAACUUCACAAUCACUGAAACUUUUUGUAUUUCGCGCUUUUCGAUUGCGACCCGGAGCCGCUACGGUUUCUGUCUUCGGUUAAUGUUAUCAAAACAAUUUUUUUGUAAACAAAAUUAAGAAUCAACUUUGAUAGAGUAAUUGUUUAAUUCCGGUUUAAUUAGUGGAUAAUUGUUUUUUAAACUGCUUUUGCUAAAUUAAAGAUUAAGGAGAACUGAUUUUCAAUGACAUUAUGAAGAUGGAUUAAGAUCGAGUUGAUUAAAUUCAAAUGGUAAAUCAUGAAUAUUGUUUAUUUUUUUUCUGGACUAUCAAGUAGGAAUACUAUUGGUUUACAAUCAAAUUAAAGGAGAUUGGUUAAUAUAAGUGGAGAGGUUCAGGUGAAUCGGUAAGAGAAAUCUAAGAGAAUGGAAUCAUUGGAAGGUUCAAUGGAGAUUUAAGAUUUUAGUUUUAAAACGAAAGUGGAAACGAAUUAAUCCCAUCGAAGAUCGUCUGGGUCAGAGAGGAUUUCAGGUGACUGAGAAAGAUUAUUAUCCGAAGUGGCACUUAUAUUCCAGUCUGGAUAAUCCCAUGGAUCGCCUUGAACUAUUCCAGUUUCUUCACUAUUCCAAUCCAAUUGAUCGUUGUUUCGAUCUCCUUCUUCUUCUUCCUCUUCUUCGUAAUUGGUGUUAUAAUUAGUAUUGUGUGAUGCAGAAGAUGAUUGUUUUGGUUGUGGUUGUGGUUUCUUAGCACGAAAACCUGAUGAUUUAUUGGUUUUCUGAAAAAAAAGUGAUAAAAAAAUGUACAAAUUAGUCGAGAGAUUCAGAAGAAUCAGAACGAAAAUUCAACUCACCUGAUUAGAUUUCUCAUAUUCGGAGAGAACUAUUUCACUUAUCCAUCGAUCUAAAGUACGAGACAAAUCAACCAAUUGUUGCAAUUUGAUUGAUUUUAAUUCUUCAGGUAAAAUGUUCCAACCAAAAAUUUGUUCAACAAAACGAGACAUUUUAAAUUCUAAAAUCAAACAGAUCAAUUGAAGGUCAGAAA